GCCGUUGGGGCCCAGUCCCUGUUCUCCAUGCCUCGGCGGCCUGGCUAUGGCACCAUGGGGAAGCCCAUCAAGCUACUGGCCAACUGCUUCCAGGUGGAGAUCCCCAAGAUGGAUGUCUACCUCUACGAGGUGGACAUCAAGCCUGACAAGUGCCCACGGCGAGUCAACAGGGAGGUGGUUGACUCUAUGGUGCAGCACUUUAAGGUGACAAUCUUUGGGGAUCGCAGGCCAGUCUACGAUGGAAAGAAGAGCCUGUACACAGCCAAUCCACUACCUGUGGCACCCGCAGGGGUGGACCUGGAUGUCACUCUGCCAGGCGAGGGAGGGAAAGAUCGCCCCUUUAAAGUUUCCAUCAAGUUUGUGUCUCUGGUCAGCUGGCACAUGCUCCACGAGGUGCUGACUGGCCGCAGCAUGCCUGAGCCUCUGGAGCUGGACAAGCCCAUCAGCACCAACCCCGUACACGCAGUGGAUGUGGUGCUGCGACACCUGCCCUCCAUGAAGUACACUCCGGUGGGUCGAUCCUUCUUCUCGGCUCCAGAGGGCUAUGACCAUCCUCUGGGAGGUGGGAGGGAGGUUUGGUUCGGCUUCCAUCAAUCCGUGCGCCCUGCCAUGUGGAAGAUGAUGCUUAACAUUGAUGUCUCUGCCACCGCUUUCUACAAGGCCCAGCCUGUCAUCCAGUUCAUGUGCGAAGUGCUGGACAUCCACAACAUAGACGAGCAGCCUCGCCCUCUCACAGACUCACACCGGGUCAAAUUCACCAAAGAAAUCAAAGGUUUGAAGGUGGAGGUGACGCACUGUGGAACCAUGCGGAGGAAGUACCGUGUCUGCAACGUGACCCGUCGGCCUGCCAGCCAUCAAACGUUCCCUCUACAGUUGGAAAAUGGUCAGACUGUAGAGCGUACUGUAGCCCAGUACUUCAGGGAGAAGUACAACCUGCAGCUGAAGUACCCACAUUUACCCUGUCUACAGGUGGGCCAGGAGCAAAAGCACACCUACCUGCCCCUGGAGGUGUGUAACAUUGUAGCUGGUCAACGGUGUAUAAAGAAGCUGACGGAUAAUCAGACCUCCACUAUGAUCAAAGCCACAGCUCGCUCUGCACCCGACAGGCAGGAGGAGAUCAGCAGGCUGGUGCGCAGUGCCAACUACGAGGCAGACCCUUUUGUGCAGGAAUUCCAGUUCAGGGUGCGCGACGAGAUGGCCCACGUGACGGGGCGAGUGCUACCCGCCCCCAUGCUGCAGUACGGCGGCAGGAACCGCACUGUAGCCACACCCAGCCAUGGGGUGUGGGACAUGAGGGGGAAACAGUUCCAUACCGGGGUGGAGAUCAAGAUGUGGGCCAUCGCCUGUUUCGCCACACAGAGGCAGUGUCGGGAAGAAAUCCUAAAGGGUUUCACAGACCAGCUGCGCAAGAUCUCCAAGGAUGCUGGGAUGCCCAUCCAGGGCCAGCCAUGUUUCUGUAAAUACGCCCAGGGAGCCGACAGUGUGGAGCCCAUGUUCAGACACCUGAAGAACACCUACGCCGGACUGCAGCUUAUCAUCGUCAUUCUGCCGGGAAAGACUCCUGUCUAUGCGGAAGUAAAGCGUGUGGGAGACACCCUCUUGGGAAUGGCCACACAAUGUGUCCAGGUGAAGAACGUGGUGAAGACGUCACCUCAGACCCUCUCCAACCUCUGCCUCAAGAUCAAUGUGAAGCUGGGAGGCAUCAACAACAUCCUGGUCCCUCACCAACGACCAUCAGUGUUUCAGCAGCCAGUUAUCUUCUUGGGAGCAGAUGUUACACAUCCACCUGCUGGAGAUGGGAAGAAGCCAUCAAUUGCAGCAGUGGUAGGCAGUAUGGAUGCCCAUCCCAGCAGGUACUGUGCCACUGUGCGGGUCCAAAGGCCCAGGCAGGAGGUAAUCCAGGACCUGGCCUCCAUGGUGCGGGAAUUGCUCAUCCAGUUUUACAAGUCGACCCGCUACAAGCCCACCAGGAUCAUUUUCUACAGGGAUGGAGUUUCAGAAGGCCAGUUCAGACAGGUGCUGUAUUAUGAGCUGCUGGCCAUUCGUGAGGCCUGUAUAAGCCUGGAGAAGGAGUACCAGCCAGGCAUCACCUACAUUGUUGUGCAAAAACGCCACCAUACACGCCUCUUCUGUGCCGACCGCAAUGAGAGAGUUGGACGUAGUGGAAACAUUCCUGCUGGUACUACCGUGGAUACGGACAUCACGCAUCCCUACGAGUUUGACUUUUACCUCUGCAGUCACGCUGGAAUACAGGGCACCAGUCGGCCCUCCCACUACCAUGUACUGUGGGACGACAAUUGUUUUACCGCUGACGAGUUCCAGCUGCUCACCUACCAGUUGUGCCACACCUACGUGCGCUGUACCCGCUCGGUCUCCAUCCCUGCGCCAGCCUACUACGCCCACCUGGUGGCCUUCCGCGCCCGCUACCAUCUGGUGGACAAAGAACAUGACAGCGCUGAGGGCAGCCAUGUUUCUGGUCAGAGUAACGGUCGGGACCCCCACGUUGCCAAAGCUGUCAGGUGCACCACGACCACCCUGAGGACCAUGGUACUUCGCCUGAGCGGUUACAGCCAACGCGGUCAAACCAUGCCACUGUGUGAAAUCACCAGUAUGGAGCAACAUGUUCUUUUGAGCACACUGCCACCUGUUGGCGACGAGGUAUAA